AUGUCCUCAUCCAGCAACUCUACCAACUUCGUGACCGUUGCCUUGUUCGGUGCCACGGGUGUCACUGGCUUGCUGUUACUUCGCGUCCUGUUGUCGCGGGGAUAUCGCGUACGCGCGUUUACUCGGUCUCCCAGCAAGAUACCGGCAGACCUCUCGGGGUCUGAUCAGCUGACGGUCAUUGUCGGCGAGCUGACGGAUGCCGACAAGUUGCGAGAAACGGUGGUCGGCACUGAUGCUGUAGUCAACAUGCUUGGACCCUACGCAGGCCACCAUCCUGCCGGCACGCCGAUCACAAAAGGGAUGGAGAUUGUGGUGAAACUCAUGGAUGAGUUCGGCAUCAAACGAUACAUCGCGCUCUCCACUUGCGCGCUACCGCAUCACACGGACCGGCUGAACGCCGUCACGCUGCUGAUCAGCAACGUAGCCGUCCGAAUCUUCGACCGCGACUGCUGGGCCGAGUUUGUCGCCAUGGGUUAUCUCGUGUUCGAGCGGCCGCACCUGAACUGGACCUUGCUCCGUGUCGGCCUCAUGGUGGGAUCGUCGUUGAGCGACGAUCCGAGCAAGGGCAACGUCGGCCCUCCAGGCGACGGCAUCACUCGUAUGUGGAUCAGGCGCGAACAGAUCGUGUGGAGGACGGUAGAGGCGCUUGAGAAGGGCGCGUGGAUUCGAGAGAUGCCCUACAUCAGCGCAUGA